AAGAGUGUCGUCUAAAGUCAGUCACCAUACACAUCAAAAUAUUUUAAAAUAUGUAAUGUAGGGUCAUAUAUAUACAAUCUUAUAGCUCCUUUUCUAAUUCCAUGGAAUUGCAGAUCUCCACGCACUAGACCAACCGUAUCCCCUUCUUGAUUGCGAGCUUCAUUGAAAAUAAGAUUUUGAAGAUCCUCAAAUAACCAAAGAUGUUUCCCAAUCAUCACGAGUUAGGUUUCGGAACCCCAACCACUACUUCUCAAGGAUUCCAAAUCGGCCAGGAUACGGAUUACAAUUUCUUGGAAAAUAAUUUAAUUAGUUUCUCAAUCGGCACCAACGACACAGAAGUGAGCAGAAGGAAAGAUUUGGAGUUACAUGGAAAAACGAAGAAGGAGAGCAGCAGCAAGAAGGUUAUGCAUCGAGAGUUGGAGAGGAAGAGGAGGCAAGAAAUGUCACACCUUUAUGCUUCUCUCAGCUCCCUUCUUCCUCAUCAUCAGAUCAAGGGAAAACACGGUGUUUGUGAUCAAAUACAAGAAGCUGCGAGUCACAUAAAGAAGAUGGAGAAGAAGAUUGAAGAAUUGAAAAUUCGCAGAAACAAGUUGAACGGAGACGUGGAAACUUCGAAUGGCAUAUAUAAUAAUGUGGUAAUAAACACAGUCGCGGAUGGGAUGGAGAUUAUCAUUUCCCAUAGCAGCGAAAGAUCUGAUUUAGGGCUAUCACGAGUUCUUGCUGAGUUACAGUGGAGAGAGUUUGAUGUGAUUAGCAGUGUCUCGACCAGAAUGAAGGACAGAUUUGUCCACAAAAUCCAGGUUGAGGCCCGGGAUAUCUCAAACCUUGAUGUGUUGAUGCUGCGAGAUAGAUUGACUGAGGCCAUCAAGUAAUUUGUUUGUCAGGUUUUCUAUUAUUACUAUAUAAGCUAGCUUCAACCCAUCACUUUGACUUAUCGAUGAUCUUCUCUGUGUGCAAACCACUACUCUUGGGAAUCUUCAUAUUUCUGCUACGUACUGAUCGAAAAUGGUGUAUAAAAUAAGAAGGGAUUAAAAUAUUGCUCUCGGACUAAA